AUGCAAGCUGAUCCUGAUAUCAAGUUUGAUGAUUUAAUAGAAAAUUUCAGAAAAGAGCACUUUAAAGCGAUAAAGACUAUGUUUAACAGGAACCAUUUUACCUCAUUUCACCCUCUGGAUAACAACAAGAUUAUCACUCUUGUACAUGGCAAAUAUCCGCAGGAUAUGAAUUACUUUAGAUUAUAACAGAGAGUAAAAGGUACACCCAUAAUUGAAACUUCCAAGAAAGAUUAGUAGCCAACUUUUAAAUUAUAGACUCCUAAUGAUAGCCUUCUACUGUUUGAGAAUCAAAAUGAAAGUUUUUAUAAUACAGAGAAAGGUUACCAUGUAGAUUACACAAAUUUAGAUUUUAAUAUGAGCCAUGAUGGAAAAUAUAUAUUCUUUUUUAACAUUAAAGAACCUGAAAUUAUUAAAAACAAAUCCUAAACACCUAUUGCAUUUUAUCAGAUAGAUAUAAAUACAAUGGAACUGUUUCAUCAUCAUUACAUUCCUGAGGAUAAAUAAGCUGAAAUUGAAGAAGCUGCUUUAGUAUAUGGAUCUAAGAUUUUAUUCACUAGUACUUCAAGCGGAGAGUACAGGUUUAUAGAUACACAAACUUGGGAUACACUUUGGUCUCUAAAUCUUCCCAACGAACCACUAAAUUAGAUAUUCCUUCCCUCAUUCACUGAAGAAAAGUUCAUAUACUUGCUUUCAGAUGUGUUAAACAAUAAAAAAGGAGUCAUGAUGAAAGUACCAUUUGGAACCAAGAAAGAAGAUAUUGAUCCUGAAAAGUAUAAGAUUUGGGAUUAAGAAUUGAAUGUAGUUGAUUCAAGAUAAAGAUACUACUUUCUUCCUAAUAAAAACUUUGACAGGUUCAUUAUUUAAAAGGAAGGUGCAUGUUUCAUAGUGAGAGUAGGCCCAGAUAAAAAGCUACCAUUAGUAAAGGUGGGAGGUGGCAAUGAUAACGUUUUUUAAAUGACUCCUAAAUUUCCCUUCCUCUAAGAAGAGAUUACGCUUACAGGAAGAGAUAGAUAUUAACAUGAGCAAAUUAUUAAUGAGAUUGCUCCUAACAUGGAAAUAUAGCAUAAUUUUACAUACUACCAUAGGAAGAGAGGAGAGAUUAAAUUUAACUCUUAAAAGAGGGAACUUACAUUUAUCGGUACUACAAAAUCUAGAGGAAAAGGCGUCAAAUUAGUGAGACCAGAACUCAAAGAAUAUAUAGAAUCUUCAAGCUAUGCAAGUUCAGAAUCUUAUGCAAAUAAAAUCAAGACUUAUAUAUCUGUUUUAGAAAUUAUGUGCUUUUUGAAUGUUGACAAAAAUGAGUCAGUUCUAGACAGAGAUAAUAUUCAGUUCUUAGCUAGAGAUGGCAAUCAGCUUUACUCUUAAACCUUGAUCAUUUAAAACAAGAUAUUUUUAACUGAAUAAAACUAGCUUUUUACCAAAAAUAGUUAUAAGCUAAGUCAUGGGAAUCAAAUUUAAGGUCAAGGCUUUUCCGUACCGUUUGGAGAAAAUCAGUAAAUUCUAUACGCUACUAGAGAAUAAAAUAAGAACUCAGUCUUGAAUAUACUCGAUUUAACAAAAAGAGACGAUUAAGGAAACCUAUGUAGCCCUAUUUAAAUUGACUUAGGAAUAAUACGUCUGCAGCCUAUUUAAACUUUAAAAUCAGAUAUAGUCUGCUUUGGGCCUUCCUACACCAACUCAUUUAACUAUUAUUACCAAUCUGAGGGUGUUGUUUCAGAAAAAUAUUUCUUGGUUGGCAACUAAAUUGUUCCUUUGAAAUAAAAAAACUCGGGAUUUGAAGAAAGCUUUUAUCCAUAAUACAAAUAUAUAAGAGUGCCCGAACCUUAAUCAGAAAGAGAUGUUAAGUUCUUUAAUUUAGUACAUUCAGAGGAUCUUAAUAAGGUAUUUAUAUAUGGAGAUUUAAAAGAUAGUGAACACUAUUCAUUCUAUAAAAAUCCACUUGCAAUUAAUAUGAGAUAUCAUGAAAAUGAUAAUUUGCCAGAUAAUAACUUGCUUAAUGGUAUAAGCAAUGAUUAAGUGCAUCUUGAUUAAUCCAAAGGCGAGAAAUAUGAAAAUAAGAUUAAAGCAUUUGACAGAUAUGGAAAGAAACAAUAUGAGGGUAGAUUUAUUUUUGCAGUUAAUCCUGCUUAAGCCUUGGUAAAGUUUGGAAACAAACAAGUCUCAGAUUAGGUGUAUAAAUAUCACACUUUUGUUGAUGACAACUUUUUCUUCGUCAAAAAUGAAAAGGAAAAGCAUAUAAGAUUCUUUGAUUAGCAGCUAAAUUAUUCAUAUUAUCAGAAUCUCUAUGACGAGAAUGAGAUUGAAACUCAAAAGAAUUUAGAGUUGUAUUAUAUAUCAGAUAAUAGAUAAUACUAUAUGUUUAAAGUUGAUGACUAAAAUAAUAAUCCUGACAAAAUUUUCCUCAAGAGAGAUGAUGACACUAUGCUUCGAUAGGAUUUUUACAUUUACUAAUUAUAGUAUUCCUUUGAAAAUAAUAACGUCCCAUUCUUAUAAUAUCAUAGAAAAUCUCAAAUCAAUGUGAGAGCAUCAUAAUUAGAUGAACUCAGGUAAAAUUACUUAAAGAAAGCCAUAGUUACAAAUGAUGGUGAGUUUCUCUAUAUUAAUCUUUAUUUAAAUUCCAAAGAAUAGUUCCUAGAUUAAGAAUUCAACAAUGCUAAAAACAGCUAAAUCUAGGUCUAAUAUGAUUAGAAUGGACUUGACUUUGAUUAGAAUUUUAUUAAAAGAUUUAGAAACAUAUAUUCUGAAAAUAGCACAAUAUAAGGUUUUGCCUUAAUAAAUGAUAAUCUUUUCAUUGUUGCGGAGGACAAGAUAGAGUAUUUAAGCUUAAAUGCCAAAUAGAAUGAUAAAUCAAAGAGGAUCAAACUGAAUCCUUCAUUUUAAUUUAAAGCACUUAGAAUUCUUGGUACUCAAGCUGAAAAUUUUAUUCAAAUAGUAGUAGCAGACGAUACUAAAGGGUUUUACAUUAUUGGAUGGGAUCUUGCUCUUAAUAAAGAAAGAGGAAUAUUACAGAUGACUUCAACGCCUGAAAGAAAUGAUGUAGAUUUUAUUUUUAGAGGGAAUUCUUAAAGAAUGAACUUCUACCUCUCUUCAGAUAACUACAUUUACGAUUUAAACUUCAAUUUACCAAUGUCAUACGUAAAUAAUAUUGAUAAGUCUAGGAGUCAACUAUGUAGUGGAAUUCCAAAUCUAACGCUAUUAUCUUAGGAUACUUUGAAAUUAUUAGUCCAAGAUGGACUGAUUUUGUCUGCAACAUUUGCUGAUUUAGUUUAUUGGAGCCACAAACUUAAAAACCCUACUUAGAUUGAAAUUUUAGAUGUCUCAAAAAUAAAUCUUGAUUACUUCAGGUAUAGAUAUUUUGAAGGUCAUAAUAUUUUUCACUAAUAUGCUCUAAAUACUCAUAUAGUUGGAUUAGUAUAGCAAAAAAUAUUCGAAUAACUAGCAGAAGAGAAUACUCAAAAUCUACCUCUACUUCUUUAUAGCUUGUAUCCAAAUGAUUAUGCUGAAUCUCCAUUUUAAAAAGCAGUAACUAAUAUGAGCUCUAAAAAUGCUGAAUUUAUGCUUUAAAUGAUUACAAGAUCUCCUUUUUAAAAUACUUCAAAGUUUAUAAAAGCACAUUUUUUGACAUUGAUAUCAAUGCAACUACCUGCUUUUGACUAAUAUUUAGAGGACACCUUAUCGUCUCCUAUUAGAAUGACUUAAACUUAAUAAAUGGUGUGGAAUACUGAUAGUAAUGAAUAGUACUUUGCAACUAAUACAAGUUUAAUUGAUAAAAGCUAGCUAUUAAAUGAAAAUUUAGAACUUUCUAAUUAAAGUUAAACACAUCUUGACUAAAACCUUAAAAUUUUUGUUGAAGAAAAAGUACAUGUGAUGGUAGAUGAAAGGAAAAUGGCUAAUACUGACAAAACCACUUGGUUUAAUGAAUUAAAUCUUGAAAAUUAGGACUAGACGAGUAUAUUAAAGAGAGCUGAAUUAAAAGUUUUAAAUUUUGAUUGGAUCCUCGAUAGUAACUAAGCUGUAGACUUUCUUGUUACUUUAUCUGAUUCUGGUGAUGAAAAGCUUUUUGCAUUGUAAUCAGUAAAAGCUAUAACAUUGUAUUUCUGGAAUGAAUACUUUUACUAAAUAAGAAAUAAGGUUUUCUUCCCUUUUAUAGUUUACUUAGUCUUCUUUUAGGUAUAUGUUACUUAUAUAUAUGAGAAAAAUCAAUAAAGAAUAUCUAGAAAUUAGGACUAAUAAUAGUUAGAAGAUAGUACAAGCUCGAAUUAAAGUACCAUAGAGACCCUAUACUAUUUUUAUGAGCUUGACAAGUUCUUUAUUGCUGUUAUCUUUGCAUUAAUAGGCUAUUUCCUAGUGCUUGAGAUAAUUUAAAUGGCCAAAAUGAAAGCGAAAUAUUUCUAAACAGCAUGGAAUUUCUUUGAUGCUGCCUCGCUAAUGCUAAACAUUGCUUAUAUUAUCUGCAGCCUGUCCGAAUUAAAUUAACAAAAAUUAAGACCAUUAGGAUCUGUCUGUGUACUAAUAAUGUGGGUGAAGUUUUUUUACUUCUUAAGGAUAUUCUAGCUAACGGCAUCAUUAAUUAGAAUAAUCAUUGAAAUCUGCAAAGAUAUGGCAGCUUUCUCUUUUAUUUUGAUGAUUGCAAUGAUAGGUUUCGCUAAUUCCUUUUAUAUUCUAGCUAUUAAUGUGGUCAGUUUGUCUGAAGCAGAAGAAAAAUUCACUGGGUAAAAUUUUCUCUUAGCUAUGAUAUAUUCAUUUAGAACUGGCCUAGGAGAUUUUAAUACAGAUGGAUUUGGCAGUACUUACAAUCAAAUAAUUUGGAUUAUCUUCUUGCUUGAAGCCAUUUUGAUUUAAAUCAUUUUGUUAAAUUUACUAAUAGCCAUUAUGGGGGAUACCUUCUCUAAAGUCACUGAAAUUUCAGAAUAGCUUAAGCUUUAAGAAAUAUCAAUGAUUAUAGCAGAUAACUAGCAUAUUUUGUCAAAUUCAGAGAGAUUGACAAAUGGUAAAUACAUUGUUGUAGCAUCAUUGGAAUCAGCAACUAAUUAAGCAGGGUCUACUUGGGAUGGACAAGUUGGAGCAUUGAAAAGUUUCGUUACUUAAGAAAAAUAAAAACAAAAAAAAGUCAUCUAAAAAAUUAUAAAAGAGCACGAACAAUAGCUAAAGUCAUUAGAAAAAGCAAAUUUGCAAUGA